CCGCUCAAAGUCCACAAUGAUAACGACAGAGACAAAAUCUGUCCGUCAGGAGGGAGAACUUACUGAUCAAGCAGGAAAUAAUCAGAAAUACUUUUGUCCAGAAUGAACCGUCCAACUGCAGCAGAGAGAUGAAGAACAUGAACAGAAUCAUCAGUUUUAUGCUUUAUGGUCUGUUUUUGUGCUCCUCGGUUUUCUCUAAUGAUGAUACACAGGUCUCCUGUCAGGUCAGCAAGACUUGUAUGUUACCCUGCAGUUUCACAGCUCAUGAUGACGUUGUCAUCCACUGGAUUCAAAAGACUCCACCAGAGUCCCGGGUUCACUCCUACUAUCGCAAACAAGACCGACUGGGAGAGCAGCACCAGAGGUUCAGACGAAGAACAUCUCUGUUUAAUGACCAGAUCUCCAGAGGAAACGCUUCCCUGCUGCUGAGAGGAGUGAAGGUUCAGGACCAGGGCAGAUAUCUGUGUAACGUCAGCACCAUCACUGGAAAUAAGGAGAACUUCAUCCACCUGAAUGUGAACGCUCCAGUCCAGCACAUCAACAUAGAACAGGUACAAAAUAAAAUCACCUGCAGCUCAGAGGGGAUCUAUCCUGAACCUGGACUCAUCUGGACCACCAGUCCUCCAUCCAGCAUGAACCUGCAGAACCCACCAACAGUCCAGGAGACUGAACAGCAGCUUUACAGCAUCAGCAGCUCUCUGAUACUUUCAGACGGAGAUCCUGACCUGGACUACAUCUGCACCGUCAGCACUCCAGCAAACAGCAGGAGAUCCACUUUGCUUCAACCAGCUGUUAUAAAUGGAUCAAACACUGAAACAUACAUCUCCUGCUCAACCGCCAAUUAUCCAAUAAAGUAUCUCACCUGGACAUUUAACCAUAAAGAGAUCAUCCUGACCCAGAGCGGAGAUGAAGGGCGCUACAAAACUACAGAGAGGUGGAAGCAGCAUGUGAUGACUGUAUCAGAGACAGGAGGUCUCACUCUGAAGCAUUUAUCUUUAGACCAGACGGGAACAUACAAAUGUGAACUCAGGGAUGAAGAGGAAACAUACGUGAAAUACACCUUUCUUCACAUACCAAAAGACCGGACUGGAGUUAUUGUAGGAGUGGUGGUGGGUGUAAUGCUGCUGCUGCUGGUGGUCUUGGUUUCUGGAGUCGUUGGUUACAAAUACAGGAAAAGGAAGAGGAGGAAUAAAAUAAAUAAAGAGGAUGUUCUGGUUGACUUGGGCAUGGAGGAGCACGGCUCAACAGAAGGGGUUAAACAGAGACUGAUCUCAGCUAUGAAGAACCGCGGAGAAGUUCGAUUAGUUGAUUGUAAACUCUCAAAGACUCACUAUAAAGUAAUUGCGUCCGCUCUGAAGUCCGACCCCUCCGAUCUGACAGAACUGGACCUGAGUGGGAGCGACCUGCAGGAUUCAGGAGUGAAGAUUCUGUCUGAUGGACUGAAGAGUCCAAACUGUAGACUGGAGACUCUCAGAUUGAAGAGCUGCAGUUUGUCAGAGAUCAGCUGUUCUUCUCUGGUCUCAGCUCUGAAGUCCAACCCCUCCCAUCUGAAACUUCUGGACCUGAGCUGGAACCAGAACCUGCAGGAUUCAGGAGUGAAACAUCUGAGUGGAUUUCUGGAGAGUCCAGAGUGCAGACUGGAGACUCUGAGUUUGCAGAGCUGCAGUUUAUCAGAGAUCAGCUGUUCUUCUCUGGUCUCAGCUCUGAAGUCCAACCCCUCCCAUCUGAAACAUCUGGACCUGAGAUUCAACUACAAGCUGCAGGAUUCAGAUGUGAAGCAGCUGUCUGAUCUGGUGGAGAAUCCAGACUACAACCUGCAGACUCUCAGCAGUCAGCUUCAAACACAUGACGAUGUGACGUCUGAGGACCAGGAUGACUCCGGGGAAGUGAUGACCUCCAGGAGUGACAACUAUACUGUAAAAAUGUGGUUGAAAGACACUUUGGAGGAUUUGGACUCCAGUGGGCUGAAGGAAUUCCACUGGUACCUGAAUAUUGCAGAAGAAUCAAAGGAUGGUUUCAAACCGAUCCCAGUGUGUGAUCGGGAGCAUGCAGACAUAUUGAAGACAGCAGAUCUGAUGAUGCAGAGGUUCUCCUCAAAGACCAAAGAGGUGGCCGAGACGAUUUUAAAGAAGAUGAAAAGAGAUAAAGUUUGUAAAAAGUUGAAGUCUAAGCUGAAGGAGAAGCACCAGCAUGUGUCUGAGGGGAAUAUUAAAGCAGGAAACCCAACCCCUCUGGAGCAGAUCUACACGGAGCUCUACAUCACAGAGGGAGGGACCGGAGAGGUCAACGAUGAACAUGAAGUCAGACAGAUUGAAGCAGCUUCCAGGAAACCAGAAAGAGCAGAAACAACCAUCAGACAGGAAGACAUCUUUAAACCCCCACCUGGAAGAGAUGAACCAAUCAGAACAGUGAUGACGAAGGGAGUGGCCGGCAUCGGGAAAACAGUCCUAACACAGAAGUUCAGUCUGGACUGGGCUGAAGGCAGAACCAACCAGGACAUCCAGUUCCUGCUUCCAUUCACCUUCAGACAGCUGAAUGUGCUGAGAGAGAAGAAGUUCAGCUUGGUGGAACUUGUUCAUCAUUUCUUCUCUGAAACCAAAGAAAUCUGCAGCUUUGAAGAGUUCCAGGUCUUGUUCAUCUUUGACGGUCUGGAUGAGAGUAGACUUCCUCCGGACUUUCACAACUCUACAAUCCUCAGUGACCCCAGAAGGUCCACCUCGGUGGACGUGCUGCUGACAAACCUCAUCAGGGGGAACCUGCUUCCUUCUGCUCGUCUCUGGAUCACCACACGACCCGCAGCAGCCGAUCAGAUCCCUCCUUACUGUGUUGACAUGGUGACAGAGGUCAGAGGGUUCACUGACCCACAGAAGGAGGAAUACUUCAGGAAAAGGUUCAGAGAAGAGGAGCAGAGCAGCAGGAUCAUCUCCCACAUCAAGACAUCACGGAUCCUCCACAUCAUGUGCCACAUCCCAGUCUUCUGCUGGAUCACUGCUACGGUCCUGGAGAACGUCCUGGAGAAUGUCCUGGAGACCAGAGAGGGAGGGGAGCUGCCCAAGACCCUGACUGAUAUGUACAUCCACUUCCUGGUGGUCCAGGUCAAACUGAAGAAGGUCAAGUAUGACGGAGGAGCUGAGACGGAUCCACACUGGAGUCCAGAGAGAAGGACGAUGGUGGAGUCUCUGGGAAAACUGGCUUUUGAGCAGCUGCAGAAAGGAAACCUGAUCUUCUAUGAAUCAGACCUGAGAGAGUGUGGCAUCGAUGUCACAGAGGCUUCAGUGUACUCAGGAGUGUUCACCCAGAUCUUUAGAGAGGAGAGCAGCCUGUACCAGGACCAGGUCUUCUGCUUCAUCCAUCUGAGUGUUCAGGAGUUUCUGGCUGCUCUUCAUGUCCAUCAGACCUUCAUCAGAACUGGAGUCAACCUGCUGGAGGAGCAGAAGAAUACCUCCUGGUGGAUAAGUGCAGACACUCACUUCUAUCAGACAGCUGUGGACAAGGCCUUACAGAAUCCCAACGGACACCUGGACUUGUUCCUCCGCUUCCUCCUGGGUCUUUCACUGGAGACCAAUCAGAACCUCCUACGAGGUCUGUUGGAACCAGAACAAAGAAGAUCAAAGAACAAUCAGGAAACAGUUAAAUACAUCAAGAAGAAGAUCAGUGAGGAUCUGUCUGCAGAGAGAAGCAUCAACCUGUUCCAUUGUCUGAAUGAACUGAACGAUGGUUCUCUGGUGGAGGAGGUCCAAGAGUUCCUGAGAACAGGACCUCUCUCCACAGAUAAACUGUCUCCUGCUCAGUGGUCGGCUCUGGUCUUCAUCUUACUGUCAUCAGAAGAUCUGGAGGUGUUUGACCUGAAGAAAUACUCAGCUUCAGAGGAGGCUCUACGGAGGCUGCUGCCGGUGGUCAAAGCCUCCAAGAAAGCUGUGUUGAGAGACUGUAAGUUCUCAGGGAACAUCUGUCCACUUCUGUCCUCAGUUCUCAGCUCUCAGUCCUCCAGUCUGACAGAACUGGACCUGAGUCUCAACCGCCUGAAGGAUUCUGGACUGAAGAAGCUGUGUCCUGGACUGGAGAGUCCACACUGUCACCUGGAGUCUCUCAGGUUGCAGCGCUGCGGCCUGUCAGAGAUCAGCUGUUCUUCUCUGGUCUCAGCUCUGAAGUCCAACCCCUCCCAUCUGAAACAUCUGGACCUGAGUGUGAACAACCUGCACGAUUCAGGAGUGGAACAUCUGAGUGGAUUUCUGGAGAGUCCAGACUGCAGACUGGAGACUCUGGGAUUGAGGAGGUGCAGGUUGUCAAAGAUCAGCUGUUCUUCUCUGGUCUCAGCUAUGAAGUCCAACCCCUCCCAUCUGGAACAUCUGGACCUGAGAUACAAUGACCUGCAGGAUUCAGACGUGAAGCAGCUUUCUGAUCUGGUGCAGAGUCCAGACUUCCAGCUGCAGGAUCUCAGGUGGAAAUAAUAAGAGUGACCAGGACGGAUGAGUCUUGUCCUGAUCGCCCUCAGAGUUGAAGAAGCACCAGUUUGUGUGGACAGACUCUGACUGGACCGUGAUGAAGAUGAAGAUGAAGAUGUACAUAGUUUCAGCUCAGUUUGUUUCUGUCUUCCAGCGUUUUACAAACUUCUCAGAUAUUCAGUCCCCUGAUCUCAUUGAGUAACUGUAUUUACCAAAUCAAUGAGUGGAUGUGCCAGAAUUUUCUCCAGCUAAAUGCAGAAAAGACAGAGGUGAUCAUUUUUGGCCCUAAGAAUGAAAGGGAAAAGAUCAGCGCUCACCUUGGCUCAAUGUCAUUGACAGCUACAAAUCAACCCAGAAAUCUUGGUGUAAUUAUUGACUCAGACCUGAACUUCAACAGCCAUCUAAAGUUUAUCACUAAAUCUGCCUAUUACCACCUGAAAAAAAUUGCUAGAAUUAAGGGGAUUCUCUCUAAACAAGACAUGGAAAAACUUAUUCAUGCAUUCAUUUUCAGUAGGUUGGAUUAUUGCAAUGGCAUCUUUACAGGCCUUAACAAGAAAUCUAUCAGGCAGCUGCAGCUGAUCCAGAACGCUGCCGCCAGAGUCCUUACAAACACCAGGAAACUGGACCACAUUACACCAGUCAUGAAAUCACUACACUGGCUUCCAGUUAGUCAAAGGAUAGAGUUUAAAAUCUUACUGCUGGUCUACAAAGACCUGAAUGGUCUUGGACCAAAAUACAUGGUUGGUCUGUUAGUUCCCUAUGAAGCUCCCAGACCCCUGAGCUUCAUCUGGAUCUGUUAGUUCCUAUGAAGCUCCCAGACUCCUGAGGUUCAUCUGGAUCUGUUAGUUCCUAUGAAGCUCCCAGACUCCUGAGGUUCAUCUGGAUCUGUUAGUUCCUAUGAAGCUCCUAGACCCCUUAGGUCUUCUGGAUCUGGUUUGUUGUGGUUCCAGAACCAGAACCAAGCAAGGUGAGGCAGCGUUCAGUUAUUCUGCUCCUCACCGGUGGAACAAACUUCCUGUAGACCUGAGGUCUGCUCCAACUGUCAGCUCCUUUAAAUCAGGGUUAAAAACAUUACUGUUUACUCAAGCGUACUCUUAAAUUAAACCUGCUGUAUUCUACUGCCCUUAUUUUUAACAGCUUGUGCUUUUUAUUAUUUUACUUCUUUUCUUAUCAUCUUAUUCAAUCAUAUUUGUUAUUUACUGUCUAAUUAUGUCGAAGUAUUUACUGUCUAAUUAUGCCUUGCCGCUUUUAAUGUCAAUGUAAAGCACUUUGAAUUACCUUGUGUUGAAUUGUGCUAUAUAUAUAAAUUUGCCUUGCCUUGCCAUUCAUGUAUUUCAGUGGCAGCCAGUGUAGUUUUCUCCAGGGGGGUUUAUACCAUACUCCAAAAUAGAAACGCAGGCAAAUGAUGUACUAAAGUAUCACUUCUGUAUUUGAAUAAAUUAAAUCAACAAUAGCAACAUUAUAAGGAAAUGCAGUAUUUUAUUUAAUAAUAAUAAUAAUGACUUGGAUUUAUAUAGCGCCCUUCUAGGCCUCCAGAGCGCUUUACAGAAAUCAUUAUUCAUUCAUCCACAUCCUCUCUGGUGGUGGUAGCUACAUUGUAGCCACAGCUGCCCUGGGGCAGACUGACGGAAGCGUGGCUGCCAUAUCGCGCCAAACGGCCCCUCCGACCACCACCAACAUUCAUACACAUUCAUAUACAUUCACACGGGGCAAGCUGGGUAAGGUGUCCUGCCCAAGGACACUACGACAGCAAACUGGGACAGAGCGGGAUUCGAACCGCCGACCUUCCGAUCAUUGGACGACCCGCUCUACCACCUGAGCUACUGCCGCCCCUGUAUUUCUUGUACAUACAUUUUGUGUGAACUUUUUAUGACAAGUUUCUUUUCCAUAGAGAGCAGGGCCGAUGCAUUAAUACGAUGCUGUGCUGUUAUGUUCAAUGAGGAAGGUCUUGAUUCUCAGAAGCCUCUCAGAUAAGUAGAGAUUAUUCCCAUGAAGAGCUACUACAGAGACACAGUCCCUGAGAGUUUUCCUGAAGAUUAUUCCCCAUGAAGAGUUGCCACAGAGCCACAGUCUCUGAGAAGAUUCCUGAAGAUUAAGAUAAGAUAAGAUAAGAUAUCCUUUAUUUUCUCCCUCAGUGGGGAAACUUAUUUUUGUUGUCAGCAGUACACUUAGCACACACAUGCAGGGGAGGUUGUAAAAAGAUUAUUCCCCAUGAAGAGCUGCUACAGAGCCACAGUCUCUGAGAAGUUUCCUGAAGAUUAUUCCCCAUGAAGAGCUGCUACAGAGCCACAGCACUCACCGCUGCUGUAGGUGAGGGCCAGUUCAGUUUUCAACGUGCUCUUGUUCAGGGUUAGGGUUUAGGGUUUAGGGUUAGGGUUAGGGUUAGGGUUUAGGGUUAGGAUUUAGGUUUAGGGUUUAGGGUUAGGUUAGGGUUAGGGUUUAGGGCUAGAGUUUAGGGUUAGGGUUUAGGGUUAGGUUAGGGUUAGCGUUUAGGGUUAGGGUUAGGGUUAGGAUUUAGGGUUAGGGUUAACAAGAACAAGGAUAAACCCCCAUGGUGUUCAGUAGGGUUAGGGUUUAGGGUUAGGGUUAUGAUUAGGGGUUAGAGUUAGGGUUAGAGUUAGGGUUAUGAUUAGGGUUUAGGAUUUAGGGUUAGGGUUAGUGUUAACGUUAGGGUUUAGGGUUAAGGUGAACAAGAACAAGGAUAAACCUCCACGGUGUUAGGGUUAGAGGUUAGGGUUAGGGUUAGGGUUAUGAUUAGGGUUUAGGAUUAGGGUUAGGGUUUAGUGUUAGGGUGAACAAGAACAAAGAUAAACCUCCAUGGUGUUCAGUGCUGCUUCAGGGUUGUUGCUGGAAUCUGUUUUGGUGAAGGAGAACCGUGUCUCAAACCUAAAACACCAAGGCAUCAAUGUAAUAGAAUACAGAGAUAUAAGGGGUAUAAGUCAGCUUUACAGUAUGUUAGAGCCAUAUAUGAACAAAGUUAUUAUAUAAUUUAGAUUUUGUAAUAUUUGAUUUAACUGUAUGUUGAGUAAUACAUCGUUUUUAAUAUCAGUCCACAAGGUGCUUGUUUAAUAUUAAUAAUCACUGCAGCUUUCUCAUUGGUUACGUAUAAAUCAUGUGAUGUUCGUGUAUUUUGUUUUGUGAAGCUAUGGAACCGAGGGAGAACACUAGUUUUGACCGUGCUUGCAUGAGAAUAUUAUUUUGUCAUAUUAUCACACAGUUUUUGUUUUUUGUAAUUGAAUGAAAGGUUUUUCAGUAAACUUUUGAAAUAAAAA